AUGACCCGGAAGCAGGUUGCAGGGUACAGCCUUGAGAGGCGGAUUGGCAAGGGUUCCUACGCCACUGUGUGGAAAGGCCGUGAUGACAGCAACGAGUCUGUCGCCGUCAAGGUCAUCAGCCGCCAGACAGUGACUGAGACAGCGCAGCUGCGGCAAGAGGUAGAGGUUCUGCGCAAAAUAUCUCAUCCGAAUAUAGUGCGAUUCCGGGACCUGAAGAAAAGCGCCGCUCACUUUUACCUUGUGUUGGAGUACUGUGCCGGUGGAGACUUGUCACAAUUCCUGAAAGAGAAGGGUCGAGUUCAAGAGGAGACGGCACGGCGGUUUCUCACACAGAUCGCAGAGGGGCUUUCUGUGCUACACCAGGUGAACGUGCUGCAUCGCGACUUGAAGCCGCAGAAUAUCUUACUUAGUGAUAGCUCGAUGGACCCGGUGCUCAAAAUCGCGGAUUUCGGAUUCGCCCGGGCGCUUCCUCCACAAGAUAUGGCUGCCACGGUGUGCGGGUCACCCUUGUACAUGGCUCCAGAGAUCCUACGGCACGAGCCGUAUGACGCGAAAGCAGAUCUUUGGUCAGUCGGUGCAAUACUCUUCGAGCUGCUCAUGGGAAGGACGCCUUUUUCGGGAGCCAAUCCCAUGCAGCUUCUGGCAAACAUCGAGAAGAGCCCCGAGCUGUCUUUCGAGGGCGUGCAGCUCUCACCAGAAGGCCAGAAGUUCCUUCGAGCGCUCCUCGUCAGCCCGGGACAGCGGCUCUCCAGCCAGGCCUUCAUGCAGCAUCCAUAUGUGCGUCUUUCUUCUACGGCCCUAAUGCCUGCAGCAUCGGUGACUGACGAAAGCCCAAGUCCGCCAAGUAAUGAACACCAGGAGGAAAUGGCUGCCGAAGGCAGCUUCAUCAUGACGGACUGGGUCUCCGACCCUAAGGAUGGCCUCCCCAAAUCGGGCGCAGCUUCACCGUCAUCACCGAUUUUGGCGUCGCCUUUGUCGUGCCACUCCCCAGAGGAGAGCCCCAGAGACGCAGUGGAGGCGCAUGGAGGCUUCGUCACGGCCAGCAGCAGCGCCAGUGGCCCCGAUGCGACGCCUGGCGAAAGCAGCGAUCCCGUCAAGAAGGUCGAAGAGCUCUCUGCGUCGGAGGCGGCAAGACCUCAUUCCGAGACUCGCGGAGUGCCUGGCACAUCUGGACAAUCUGGCUCAGAGGCAAUGUCUGGCAAGGUUUCACCUUUCAUGGCCCAGGUCAUUGCGGAAGCAUGCCGAGAGCGUCCCAAGGACGCUGCCCGCGAGGAGGCUUCAGCAGCUCCGAACUAUUUUCGGAUUCGGAGGAAUGGAAGCGUGGAUGAAGAGUAUGUGGUCGUGACCUCCAACACCCCAACCUCUUUCGCGCGUGGAAAAGGCCCUACACCAGCGGCUGCAGCAAGCGGCUUUUGCAGCAACUUGAGUCGAAUCGCCCGCGCAUUGGAGCAGCUUGCCAUGAGGCUCGCAGAACAUGCACCUGUGGAAGCGCUGUCGCUCCUCCUGCGUGCUCUGGCACUCCUCGAAAAGGCUCUUAAAGUGUCUUUGGAUGAUGAGCAGAUGGGCGCACCACUGCGUAGUGACUUCUCGCGGACAUUGGCUUUUGCUGAGGAGGUCGAGAAACAACUAAGAGCGGCUAUCUCCACAGAGUCCGCAUCGCAACCGAACCGUGCAAUUUUCGAGUCCGCAGUGCAGCACGCAAAAGAUGCUGCGGUCGUCCUUUCUAAGGGCCACGAGGCUGGUGGCUGGGAGGCCGCCUGCCACGAGAAGCUGACUCUGGCACUGCUUCUGCUGGAGCUCCUGGGCAGCGAAGCAGAGGGUGAAGAUGUACCUGCUAUCGCUGGCUACACGGCACCUAUUGCCCAGCUUGCUGGAGAGAUUGAGCGGCGCCUCAAGGGGCAGAGCGGCGUCUUGCGCUUGGCUGCCCGUGCAAUGAUACUGGGGUGUGGAUGUACGCACGACCAUGGCUUUCUGGGAAAGGGCCAUUCGGCGGACCCAGCCUCAGCCCCGUGUCGCCAUGAGACGCUGGGUGCUGCCCUGUUGUCUUUGCCUUGCUACGGCAAGGCAGCUCGGUGGCUAGACUAUGAGGAAUCCGGGGCAACUCCUGGCAGUUCCAGCGCUGCCGCACAAAAUACGGAGCUUCUGAACGCCAUGCUGGCUUCGCUCCACGCAGGGGACACACUCUUCGUCCCGAACAAGACAUUCUGGCUGGCCGGCGGUGUUCUACUACAAAACGCUCACAAUGUGACUCUGCACCUGGACGGGACGCUGGAGUUCCUGCCAGGCCGUGCAGGCUGGCCGGAGCAAGAAGGUGACAUCUGCAACUUGAAUCCAUUGCAGCCUGCGAGGGCCAAGCGAUGUGUCAAGGAAGCCAUCUUCAUUGCAAACGUCUCGAAGUUGACACUGACCAGUACUUCCGCUGGGACGUUGAAUGGGCAUGGCAAGUCUUGGUGGGGGUAUCUCCAGUAUUUCUUUCAUGGCGAGAACCGUCCGCGCCUGUUGAGCAUCUACAACGGCACAGACAUCCUCGUCGAGAAGUGGAACUUCGUGGAUUCUGCGUAUUGGACCUUUACAGCCUUGGACGUUGCAAGAAUGGAGAUCCGCCAUUGCACCGUCAGCGCCCGUGUGGACAAGUCUGAUGAUCAUGAUCUCGGGAAUAUGGAUGCCCUCAACACCGACGGUUUUGAUGUUGCUGGCCGCGACAUUCACAUCCACCACUGCAGCGUUUGGAAUCAAGAUGAUUGUUUCACCGUUCAGCCACGGGACCGGACGGGCAUCAAUGCAAAUUGCACAGAAAAUGUCCUUGUGGAGCACGUCAACGCCAGUGGACUGGGUCUCACUAUCGGUGCCGUGCGGCCGACUUCUGGGCACAACUGUGUCCGGAAUGUGACGUUUCGGGAUGCGUACAUGCUACACACAUUCAAAGGAAUCUACUUGAAGUCGCAGAAUUCCCCGUUUGAGGGAGUCAGCGGUGAGAUUUCAAACGUGCUCUAUGAAGACAUAGUCAUGGAUCGACCAAGCCAGGUUCCGAUAUGGAUAGGCCCGGCACAGGAGGCGGACUCCUACAAGGCGUGUUCCUUGCUUUGGCCAGAGGUGCCCUUCGCCGACUGUUCACCUCCGGGCGCAUCAAUGCUGUGGGCAAACAUAACUCUUCGAAACAUUCGGGUAUUGAAUCCUAAGCAGAGUCCUGGCCUCGUCUAUGGCAAUCCGGACCGACCGAUGCAGAACAUUCACUUCGAGAAUGUCGUGACGGUGAACCCCGGCCUCCGGCCAUGGGGCAGGUCUUACUACAAGUGCGAGGGUGUCGCCGGCCUUGCUACUGCCGGGACUCGGCCAGCUCCCCCAUGUUUCCGACAGCCGGAGCCAGUUGAGGAGGUUGGCCUUCUAGACUAUCUCUUCGCCUGA